AUGCCUGAUGCAGUCACCAGAAUUAUACCGAACAACACAGCCAGCUUUCAUCCCACUGGCUCCGAGGUCAGCCCUUGCAAAAUACAAUCUGGCUUGUCGCAUCGUAUUUCGUUUGGUGAUGCAGCGUUGGCGAAAAGAGAAUGA